AUGCCUAAAUCUGGGAAAAAGCGUGCACAAAAGAAAGCUGGUAAGGGCACCGAUAAUGCUGGUCCAUCUUCACCCAGACCUGAAGACCCGAUAUCUCCUACUUCUCCACAGUCCCCCCAAACCCCACAAUCCCCAACAUCCCCAACAGCCUGGAAUCCUCGCACUGUCCAAGGUAGUAAAUCAAUUCCUAAAGAAUCCACUAGUAGAGCACAACCAGUCUCCUCUUCCCCACAAUCCCCAACAUCGCCAACAUCCCCAGCGCCCGGUGGCUCUUACGCUGCACAAGAACGCAGAGGAUCUACGAAACACACUGUUGAAAUACAAAGACAAUUGCAAAGAAUGGAUAUAGAUAAACCGUCGUCGUCACAGUCAAAUGUUUCGAGUAAACCGGGCCCCUCGUCAUCAGGGCGAGGAUGCAGGACGCGCAUGGAGACGGAAACUGAACAAGCGCACGCACUGCGAACGCGGCCAAGUACACUAUUAUCGAAAAAAGGUACCACUGGCACCCCGGUUAAUUUGAUAGCAAAUUACUUUGCCGUUGAAACUACGCCUCACUUUCGAAUGUAUCAGUACCACGUGGACUUUUCACCUGAUGAAGACAAUACUUCUGUCCGUAAAAGCCUCGUGCGCGUCCACCAGAGAGUUUUAGGCUGGCACGUGUUCGAUGGGUCGGUGAUAUAUAGUAUGACCCGAUUGCAUCCCGAUCCGAUCCAGUUUUACUCUGAUAGAAAAUCUGACAAGCAAAAGAUGGUGAUAACGGUGAAGUUGAUAGGUGACGUCGCUCCUGGUGAUUACCAUUAUAUUCAGAUAUUUAAUCUGAUACUAAGGAAAUGCUUUUCGGCAAUGCGCCUGCAAUUAAUGGGCCGCGACUAUUUUGACCCAACAGCAAAGAUCGAUAUUCCUGAAUUUCGCCUGCAAAUUUGGCCCGGAUAUAAAACCACAAUUAACCAACACGAAGACAAAUUAUUGAUGGUCGCUAUGAUUACACACAAAGUUCUUCGGUUGGACACCGUACUCCAAAUGCUAAAAACUUAUACUUCGACAAAAGGUGCAGCAUAUAAAAAAUGUUUUCUGGAAGAUAUUGUGGGAAAAAUUGUUAUGACAACGUAUAACAAGAAAACUUACAGAGUAGAUGAUGUAUCAUGGCAGGCGACACCUAAAUCUACAUUCAACUUAAGAAAUGAAAAAAUUACAUAUAUAGACUACUAUAAAAAGAAAUAUGAAAUUAACAUCCGUGACGUCGACCAGCCUUUACUUAUAUCCAGAUCAAAGCCACGUGAGAUUCGCGCCGGGAUGCCUGAACUGGUGUAUCUAGUGCCCGAACUGUGCCGGCAGACAGGAUUGACAGACCAAAUGCGUAACGACUUUAAACUGAUGAAGGCCCUUGAUGCACACACUAAAAUCGGCCCCGACGUCCGUGUUAACAAAUUGCUACAAUUUAACAGAAAUUUGACCCAAAAUCAGCGAGUUAUAAAGGAGCUGAGUACCUCCCACCUUACCUUUGCUAAACAACUGAUGAAGGUUAAAGGACGUCAAUUACCCACUGAAAAUAUUAUUCAAGGAAAUGACUGCCGUUAUCCAGCAGGUGAUACACCAGAGGGAUGGACGCGAGAUAUUCGAUCAAAACCCUUGCUGCGUAUUAGCCAAGUUUCAUCAUGGGUAGUGAUAACCCCUGACAAGAUUCGACGUGAAACUGAAGCCUUCCUAGAUAUGGUAUUAAAGGCGGCGAGAGAUGUAAAAUUCAUGCUAUCCAAACCUGAAAUCGUAACAAUACAGUACGACGGCGCUAUAGAUUACGCUCGAACAUUGGAUGCCGUUAUAGCCCGCAGAAAUCCUGCGUUGGUUUUCUGCGCGCUCAUGCGUAAGUUAACGGAUCGCUACGAAGCUAUUAAAAAGAAGUGUCUUAUUGACCGUGCCAUCCCUAGUCAAGUUGUGACCGCGCGGAACAUGACAUCCAACUCCGCUAUGUCAGUUGCCGCUAAGGUGGCACUGCAAAUGAACUGCAAGCUCGGGGGCGCGCCGUGGAGAGUAGAGAUACCCCUCCAAAACAUAUUAGUCGUGGGCUAUGACGUGUGUCAUGACACUAAAAACAAACAAAAAAGUUUCGGUGGAUAUAUUGCUUCGUUAGAUAGAUAUAUGACGCGCUACUACUCCGCUGUCAACUCGCACACCUCUGGCGAAGAAUUAAGCAACCACAUGGGCUUCAAUACAGCCACAGCCGUAAAAAAGUAUAGAGAUGUGAACGGCAUGUUGCCGCAAAGGAUUUUUAUAUAUCGUGAUGGCGUGGGUGAUGGACAAAUUCCUUAUGUAAACACACACGAGGUGGCUGAAAUAGAGAAGGCACUUCGUAUGUUGUAUGGCUCGGAUGACUAUAAAAUGUCGUUCACAAUUGUGUCAAAGAGGAUAAACGCGCGGUUUUUCCUAGAACAAGGAAGCAAAUGCGUAAACCCACGACCAGGGACUGUUGUUGACGACGUUGUUACUCUACCCGAGCGAUACGACUUUUUUUUGAUUUCACAAAAUGUGCGAGAUGGAACCAUAACUCCUACAUCGUAUAACGUAAUUGCGGAUACAACAGGACUGCAUCCUGACAGGAUGCAAUGGUUGACGUACAAGAUGACGCACAUGUACUACAACUGCUCCGCACAAGUCCGUGUCCCAGCCGUGUGCCAGUACGCGCAUAAGCUGGCGUUCUUGGCAGCAAACACUCUCCACAGCCCGCCACACAAUUCACUUACAGAUACCCUGUAUUUCCUAUAA